GGAACACAGUGUGAGGACACAGACGAGGUCAACAAGAGGAAAGAGAAGGAGGAGGAGGCCGCCGGGAUAUAAAUACGAGCCAGGGAGUGUCCAGGUGUCUUCUGGUCUGACACCUGAAAACAUGAGACUGCUGGCUCUGCUGUUGAUGGUCGGAGCUGCUGCGGCAGUUCCCCGUGAAGAUGGCAGGAUCAUCGGCGGACAAGAGUGUGAGCCUCACUCUCGUCCUUUCAUGGCCUCCCUCAACUAUGGCUACCACUUCUGCGGUGGGGUGCUCAUCAACAACCAGUGGGUUCUCUCUGUCGCCCACUGCUGGUACAACCCCUAUUCCAUGCAGGUCAUGCUGGGAGAACAUGAUCUGCGAACCUUCGAGGGCACCGAGCAGCUCAUGAAGACCGACACCAUCAUCUGGCACCCUAGUUAUGACUACCAGACUAUGGAUUACGACAUCAUGCUGAUCAAGCUCUUCCACCCGGUGGAGGUGACAGAGGCAGUCGCACCCAUUUCUCUGCCCACUUUCUGCCCAGGUGGUGGGCUCUCCUGCUCAGUGUCCGGCUGGGGGAACACAGCUUUGGAUGGCGAGGAAGUGAACAUGCCAACCCAUCUGCAGUGUUUGGAUGUGCCCGUGGUGGACGAUAGGGACUGUGAGAAUGCCUAUCCUGGUAUGAUCACACGCAGGAUGUUCUGUGCCGGAUACAUGGAUGGAGGCAGAGAUGCAUGCAAUGGUGACUCUGGCAGCCCUCUGGUGUGUGAAGGUGAGGUCCACGGCCUGGUGUCAUGGGGUCAGGGAUGUGCCCAGCCUAACUACCCUGGAGUCUAUGUCAAAGUGUGCGAGUUCCUGUACUGGAUUGAGGAUGUCCUGGCAGAAUACUCCUAAAGAAAUGACCCUUCGCUUGAUUUUCUUCCUCUUCCUGACUUUUAACUCUCUCUCUCUUUGGUGUCUCCUCUGAGUGUCCUCAAAACAUGUGAACCAAAAUGAAGAAAACAAAAUAAAACAAACUGGUAGACA